UAGAAAGGACCAGUCUUAACUAAACUAGACUAAACUAAACUAGUACAUUCUAGACUAACACGUUAGUGUGUCACAACGCGUUUUACCUAGACUAGACUGUUAACCUAAACCACUACAUUUCCCCCAGUAUGCUGUGAAGUGUGUUAAUCAAAUAGUUGCAGUCUGUCUCUGCAGAACUGUAUGUGUAGUAUCUUUCUUUGUGUGGUCGAGUUGUGUCCGUUUAUCAAGGAACUUCAGAAAACUGUGCCUAACAACUAGUCUGGUCAUGACUAAACAGUUUGAUUUAUUUGGCAGGUCACAAGUGCCUUUGACAGGCUUGAGGUGGGUGCAGAAAAAGAGAGGUUUGGAUCUGUUGUCUGUAGAGUUGCUGUAGAGUAGUGGUGUGUGUCUUAACUGUUAGCUGAGUUGGUCGUGUACAGUAUAGUACAGAUGGUCCGUCCUAGGGCAGUGCUCUUAGACGUGUUUGUAGUGCUAUAGAACAUAGUGCUGCACAGUAUGGCUUGUAUUGUAUUGCAUAUUACCGGUAACCUGAUGGUCUUGGUAGCCAGUAUCAUUGUUGUGCCUUUGUGAACAGACAGUUUGGCGUGUUGUUUCUGUGUGAACAGACAGUUUGGCGUGUUGUUUCUGUGUGAACAGUCAAUUCUGGUGUGUUGUGUCUGUGUGAACAGUCAGUUCUGGUGUGUUGUGUCUGUGUGAACAGUCAGUUCUGGUGUGUUGUGUCUGUGUGAACAGUCAGUUCUGGUGUGUUGUGUCUGUGUGAACAGUCAGUUCGGUUGUGUUGUGUCUGAUUGCAAUCAUCCAGUUCUGGUGUCGUAUUGUUGGAAGAUGAGGAGGGGUAAGAGGGCGUGUGUGUGUCCAAUCCCCCCCCCCCUCCCCACUCCAUCGCUGUGUCUAGGCUUGUUGGCAGCCCAGACCGCAGAGCAGCUGUGAGGGUCACAGGUCACCGCGGCAACGCUGGUCCUUCAACCCCACCUCUGGCCUUUGUGAGGACUUCUUAUACUGCACAGGAAACACCACCAACAACUUCCUGUCUCUCAGUGCCUGCCAAGAGCAGUGCCUGAUGGGAGCCUGCUGCUUCCGCCAGCCCAAACCUGGCAACCCUAUCAGCUACAAUCAACAGGACUAUGAUCGCCAUGGAUACAACAUGUCCAACCUAGAUGGUACUUUCAAGGAGUAUGUCUCCGAAUCCCAUGGUCAAGAAGAAGACAGUUUCCAUGGCAGCACAGACUUGAACUUGACUUGGCUGGACCCUCAAAGAAAGAGACAGGAAGAGAAAGAAGGGUAGAAGAAGAGAGAGAAGCCUUGCCGGCAUGGAUUGCAUAGAGACAGAUGAUGGCUUCUCCUACACUUGCGAGCACCUACCUCUGUUCAAGUGUCAGGCUCGUCUACGAGCCCUCCGGGGAGAGAGGGAGGCUGUGAGUUUCUCCCCUGGCAAGAAGUGCUCCGAGGCGGGCUGCAGCGAGGGCUGCGGCUGCCUCUCUCACGGCCAAGCUCGGAGGUACGGAGAGACCUUCAGGCAAGGCUGCGAGGAGUGCGUGUGCACACAGGGCGGGACGGUGGAGUGUACGUGCACGCAGGCGACGCAGAGGAAAGAGAUUCGAGACCUGACGCCGAGAGACAGGAAGCGCUAUCAGAGGGCCAUCAGGAUGCUCCAUGCCAGGCCAGGUAUGUGGGAGGGCUAUGCCCAGAUGAGAGCCGAGUUUGCCCCCCAGGCUGGAAACCACGCCUACUUCCUCCCCUGGCACCGCUACUUCCUCCGUCUGGUGGAGCGUGAGCUCCAGUCCUUGUCGUCAUGCCAACUGGCUGUUCCCUACUUUGAGUGGACGGUCGACUCAGGCUCCCUGCUGUCUUCUGCUGCGUGGCAGGCUGGUCUCUUCGGAGGGGACGGGGCCCCUGGCUCCGACUGCGUCCCCCAUCAUCCCUUCCAAGGCUGGGCCUCGCGCUCCCGCUGGUCCCCCUGUCUCCGACGGAGCUUCAACACCUCGGUGUGGCUGCCAGACGCGGUAACCCUCCAGAAGCUGGUGAAUCAGGGAGACUUCCAGCUCUUCUCCCAGACCCUGCAGACCUUCUCUGGCCUCUUCAGACUCUGGCUGGGGGGCCACAUGGCCUCCCCCCUGGCUGCCUACGACCCCCUCUACCUCUCACACUCUGCCUUCCUGGACAAGCUGUGGACACAAUGGCAGGAGAGGCAUGGGCAUAGGGACGGCCAUGUUUUGGAGAGGGGCAAGGCUCAUUUGCGUGGCCAGUACUCUGCCCGCCGGGGAAAUGUCCGAAUGAAACCAUUUGGGGUUUCCCCUGACGACGUGAUGUCAUCAAAGGAACAGCUGUGCGUGGUGUACGUACCCAUAACCCUCGGCGCUCCCUGUAAUGUGACCUCCUCACAGAGACAAUCCCAGCAAGGCCACAACACAGACGCCAGGCCGCACAACGAUAACAAACAGCCGUCUAAUUUCAACCAUGUCGGUUUGGACCAUAAUGGGUUCGACCACGGUGGCUAUGACGUCAGUGGUUUUGACAGCAGUGGCUGGGACCGCCAAGGUUACGACAAGGAUGGUUUUGACCACGACCAUAUUGACAGAGAAGGAUAUGAUGUCUCUGGGUACAACCGCUACGGGUUCAACCGCUCCAACCUCACGUGGUUUGGGAUGAGGUGGGACGGCAUGUUUAUGACAGGCAACAACAGGGACAGAGAGGAUGGAGAGAGAGAAAAGGAGGAGGAGAAAGAGGGCGAUAAAGAGGAGAGAAGAGAAGAACAGAGAGCCAAGGUCAUGUCAGAGCUCUUCGUGGAUGGCGGCUACAGCACUUACGGUUUUGACCCUUUUGGUUUGGACCGUGGCGGUUUCGAUGUGUUUGGGUUUCGACCAGACGGUUACGACAAAGACCGCUGCAACUGGUUCUUUGACGGGCCACACUAUCUACGCUUCUACUUCCAUACCAUGCAACAGUUGAGCUCGACCAAUCCCCAAGCUCUAAACCACAUCACACGUACCUGCCCCCCUAUCACCUCCCUUCCCGGGCACUGGCUCAGUCAGGAUUGGAUGGCUCUCGACCCUAAGCAAGGCUAUGCUCUCAUUGGUCAGCCACAGAGGGAGUGGGUAGAACCAAAACCUCCUAAAGUUCAUCCUUCCAUGGUGACAUUGUCAAGGCCAGUGGAUGUCUGGCUGCCUGUCACCCCUGACCUCAGGUUUUGUUUUGAGCUGCACUGGUUUUCCGGCUGUCCUCUUGGCUCCGCGCCAGUGACCUGUCCUGACCUUUGCCGAGAGGCCCGUUGCCGUGGUUACCGCGAGGCAGAAUGUCGUGUGCGUAGCUGCGGUUCCUGCUUCAUAGAGUGGUUGGAUCCAAUCAGUGGCAGCCAUGUCAUAUGUCAGGACUGGUGACCAUUGGCCGCAUUCCCGCUGUCACUCAAGAAGUGUGACCAGUGUGGACGAAAAGACAACAGAAAUUCGAAACCUCCCUAAGCUACCAAUGUCAAACCAGGUUGAUAUUUCACAGACACUAUGAAGAUAUGAAAUGGUGAAUGAAUCAGUGAGGCUGAAAGAAAUGAUGGAUUGGUUGGUUUCCAUGGUGACUUUGUGGUCUACUGGUCAAGGUCGAGGUCUUCCUCUGGUUCAUCUCUACCUCAGGGACAAAGAGAAUUUCCAUGCAGGGGUGGAAACAGAUAGCCUGGAUUCCACAUGACUGCUGUAUUUAGGCUUUGAUCAUGUACACAGCCUUGGCUUGCACAGUGAACCACUCAGACACAUAUAAAGGAAUGCAGAAUCAGGGUUUCCACUACAAAAUGUAUCAGUUUUAUAUGGCAGUUUUGUAGGUAACUCUAAAGGGAUUGACAAUCAAAUCCAAAGAUUGACACAUAGUUGUUGCCUAAUGCAUUCUGUGUAAUUAAACUCACAUAAUGGAUUGAUUCGCACGCACACAGACACACAUAUGGCAUACAGAAAUACACUCCGACACACACGCACACACACACAUGCAGAUACACAGUCCCAGAGUACUGUCAGCACAAUGGGACUCUUCAAUCAUGUGUACACUAUGGAAACCUAUUUCCUAUUGUGUAGGAAAGUAAACAAACACAUCCCUCUUUUCUUUCUCCUUUCAGUCUGGAACGGCCUACUAUGUGCUGUCUAGCCUCUCUGUCUCCUCUUUCUCUCUCUCUCUCUCUCUCUCUCUCUCUCUCUCUCUCUCUCUCUCUCUCUCUCUCUCUCUCUCUCUCUCUCUCUCUCUCUCUCUCUCUCUCUCUCUCUCACUGUCUCUGCCUCUCAUCCCUCUCUCGCUUAAUUGUUUCUGCAUGUGUUUGUUACACGACACCGAUGGCACCCUGCCGACACACUCACUCACACACCCACCCCGCACAAACGCACACCACGCACACACACACACACACACAUACACACACAGACUUUGAUGUGUUGCAUGCUCGGUUGACUAGAGGAAAUGCCUGUUAGAUGCUGGCACAGUGGGCAGCCCCGCUAGCCUCUCUGUGAUUAUUCACUGACACACAUACACACACACAGACACACACACAGACACACACAUCUCCCAGUCUGUGUCUUCAUUAAAGAGAUUGCUCACUGAACUGUCUGAUGUUUAGCUUGUCUGGUCUAGUCUUUACAGGAGGAAGAGUUCACGAUGAGACCACAGAAACAUAAUGAGCCCCAUACAGUGAGACCUCAAAUACUCUCUACCAUACAGAGACCGCGUCUCUCUCUCUGUGUCUCUCAAAAUAUCUCUCUCAAUCAUGUUUUAAUGGAGUUACAGGGUUAGUCUCUCUUGCGGAGAACUGCGGACCUCUCGGUCACAGUCCAUGAAAGAAAAUUGUGUGUGUGUGUGAAUGUGUGUGUGUGUGUGUGUGUGUGAGAAAGGGUGUUACACGAGGAGCAUGUUGUUCUGUCAUUACUGGCAGGAGAGCUCAGCCAGAU